UUCACAUUUGUUUUAAGCCCAUCUAUCUGGUAGGUCGUGAACUUCUGCGGUCGGUGUCUUGAAAUCAUAUAUAAGUUAAAGAUAAUAAUUCCAUUAUGAGGGAAAUUGUACACAUACAAGCUGGACAGUGCGGCAAUCAAAUCGGCGCCAAGUUCUGGGAGGUCAUAUCGGACGAGCAUGGCAUAGAUCCAACUGGCACAUACCACGGCGAUUCCGACCUUCAAUUGGAACGGAUUAACGUGUAUUACAACGAAGCUACUGGCGGUAAAUAUGUACCGCGAGCCAUUUUGGUGGACCUCGAACCUGGAACUAUGGACUCUGUCAGAUCUGGACCCUUUGGACAGAUAUUUCGUCCGGAUAAUUUUGUUUUUGGUCAGUCUGGUGCAGGAAAUAAUUGGGCUAAGGGUCAUUACACUGAAGGCGCAGAAUUGGUUGAUUCUGUUCUUGAUGUCGUGAGGAAAGAGGCGGAAGGUUGCGAUUGCUUGCAAGGUUUCCAAUUGACGCACUCACUUGGAGGUGGUACUGGAGCCGGUCUAGGAACACUUCUGAUUUCGAAAAUUCGAGAGGAAUAUCCUGAUCGCAUUAUGAAUACAUUCAGCGUAGUUCCUUCCCCCAAGGUAUCUGAUACUGUUGUGGAGCCUUAUAACGCUACGUUAUCUGUUCAUCAACUCGUAGAAAAUACUGAUGAAUCCUAUUGUAUAGAUAAUGAGGCACUGUACGAUAUUUGCUUCCGAACACUGAAAUUGACCACACCGACCUACGGCGACCUGAAUCACCUUGUAUCCGCUACAAUGUCUGGAGUUACCACUUGUCUAAGAUUCCCUGGUCAAUUGAACGCCGAUUUGAGAAAGUUAGCAGUAAAUAUGGUUCCCUUUCCUCGUCUUCAUUUCUUUAUUCCUGGCUUUGCACCUCUAACAUCUCGAGGAAGCCAGCAGUACCGAGCGCUGACAGUACCAGAAUUGACACAGCAAAUGUUUGACGCGAAGAACAUGAUGGCUGCUUGUGAUCCUCGCCAUGGUCGCUACUUAACUGUGGCAGCUGUUUUCCGAGGCCGCAUGUCAAUGAAAGAAGUUGAUGAGCAAAUGAUGAAUAUCCAGAACAAGAAUUCGUCAUAUUUUGUUGAAUGGAUUCCCAAUAAUGUCAAAACUGCAGUUUGUGAUAUUCCUCCGCGAGGUUUGAAGAUGUCUGCUACUUUCAUUGGCAACUCGACGGCCAUCCAAGAGCUUUUUAAGCGAAUUUCUGAGCAGUUUACAGCUAUGUUCAGACGUAAGGCAUUCUUGCACUGGUACACUGGUGAAGGGAUGGAUGAAAUGGAAUUCACUGAAGCUGAGAGCAACAUGAAUGACUUGGUGUCAGAGUACCAGCAGUACCAGGAUGCUACUGCUGAGGAAGAAGGUGAAUUCGAUGAAGAAGAGGAAGGUGGUGAUGAAGGAGACUAGACUACUUUUUUAAGUUUUUCUUUGUUGUAUAUUUUUAACUGUUUAUUAUACAUUAAAUUGGAA